AUGGUCAAGCUCACCGAGGUCGAAGACGAGGCUUUCACCGAUAAGCCCACCCCCAGCAAGCACGAUGCUUUGUUGGUCUCCGAUGACGAGGAUGACUACUCCGACACCGACUCGGAAAUCUCGGAUGCUUCAGAUGAUGAGGUCGAGGAGGAGACCCUCGCCGACCGUCUCGCUGCCUUGAAGGACAUCGUUCCCCCCUCCGCUCGCCGCACUGUCACUAGCUCCAUCUCUUCUAUCACAUCUUUCGGCAAGGCCAGCUUGGCAUUCAGCGGAAAGGCUCUCUGGAUUAUCAGCACCAGCGCCUUCCUGAUUGGUGUCCCCUGGGCGCUCGCCUACGCCGAGGAGGAGCAGUACGUUCAGAUGGAGCGGGAGCAGGGUAUGAUUAAGGGUGCCAAUGAGAUGCUCACCCCUGGCUCUGAGCCCGAGAAGCAGGAGUCUCAACAAAUUCUGUAA